AUGACAAGGCCACGCUAUGGAAGCGAAAAAGUCGACCCUACGCCGCUGGGGCAGCCCCUCGAAUUCCCCUUCUCCAAACGCGUCGCCAAGAACAGGUUCAUGAAGGCAGCCAUGACAGAGCGUCUAGCAUCAUGGGAUCCCAAGGACCUGAGCAAGCGUGGUAUCCCGACCGAAGACCUGAUCAACACAUAUAAAUGGUUCGGUAAGGGUGGGAUCGGUAUGCUGCUCACAGGCAAUCUCAUGGUCGACCCUGUCAAUAUUGAGGCUGCAGGAAACCUCAUCAUCCCCCCAGACGCACCCUUUGAGGGACCUCGCUUCGCCGCAUAUCAGCGCCUCGCCCACGCUGGGAACCAUGACGGCAGCUUCUUCCUUGGGCAACUCUCCCACGCCGGACGGCAGGUUCAGAGUCGAUUCCAGACAGACCCUGUUUCAGCAUCUGCAGUCCAUCUAGAUAAGGAUGUCUGGGGGAUGAAAUUCUCCAAGCCGCAUGCCGCGAGCAGGGAGGAGGUCAAGGGCAUUGUGGUAGCCUUCACCCAUGCGGCAGAAUUUCUCUACAAGGCUGGCUUCAAUGGAGUUCAACUUCAUGCAGCUCACGGUUAUCUUCUCUCGCAGUUCUUAUCUCGCAGGACCAACAAUAGAACUGACGAGUACGGAGGAUCCGUUGCCAACCGAGCGCGCAUCAUCGUAGAGAUUGUCUCUUCUAUCAGAUCGAGGAUACCUCUAUCCAGUGGUUUCAUUCUCGGCGUCAAGCUCAAUUCGGUUGAGUUCGACGAGAAGGGCUUCACCCCCGAGGAGUGCGCUGAGCUUUGCGAGCUCCUGGAGAAGGAAUGCCAGUUCGAUUUUGUGGAGCUCUCGGGCGGUACAUAUGAAGACAUGGCAUUUGAGCACAAGCGAGAUUCGACCAAGAAGCGCGAGGCGUUUUUCCUCGAAUUUGCCGAAUCCAUUGUGCCAAGGCUCACCAAGACAAAGGUAUACGUCACUGGAGGUUUCCGCACUGUCAGCGCCAUGGUCAAAGCCCUGGACGUGGUCGACGCUAUCGGAUUGGCUCGGCCGUUCUGUGCCGAGCCCACCCUGGCCAAGGACAUCCUGUCGGGGGCCAUCAAGACAGGCACAGUGAUCCCAGAUAUUGAUACUCAAGACUACGGCUUGACUGAGGUGGUGGCCGGUACGCAGAUGCGACAGCUUGGUAGGAAUCAGGCGCCGAUGGAUCUCUCCAAGCCCGAGGUGGUGGAAGCCUUUCAGCAGAGCUUCGCCAAGUGGGAGGCGCUUUUGGAGGAGGAUGGAGACAAAUCCGAGGUCUACGGCUAUGUCGAUUUGGAGGGCGUUGACCUGCCUCCGAUGAGCAGCGAUGUGUGUAAACUCUAG